AGACAAGCUAGUCAGAGUCAGAGCUAAAAAAAAAAAACUUGCAAUUCCUUGCAUGGAGUCCGGACAGCUGCGGGUUCGGUGAAUGAGCUACUGAUCUCUCUCUCUCUCUCUCUCUUGGACGCUGGGCUCAAGCUAACAGGCCGGUGUGGAUCGCAGGAGGGCACGCAGCGUCUCUCAUGUCUCCAGCUGUGAGACACAGGGACAACUUCUAGAAUUCAUUUCCUUUAAACGAGGGAUACUUCCGAAUCAUCAUGGCAGCGACUUUGUCAGCGGAGGAGGAACAGGCAACCAGCCAGUUUCUAGAGGAGAUCAACAAAUGGACCAGUCAGCACAGCGUGUCGCCGCUCUCCAGGGAUUUGGCCGUCAAGUUCCUCAUGGCUCGCAAGUUUGACGUCCUCCGUGCCAUCGAGUUGUUCCACAGCUACAGGGAAACACGUCUUAAAGAAGGAAUUGUCAGACUUCAGCCUCACGAGGAGCCGCUACGCUCAGAACUGCUGAGUGGGAAGUUCACGGUGUUGAGCGUGCGUGACCCUUCAGGGGCAUCCAUCGCUUUGUACACAGCUAAACUUCAUCAUCCCAACAAGACGGGCAACCACGUGGUGCUACAGGCCCUCUUCUAUCUCCUGGACCGGGCUGUUGAAAGCUUUGAGACCCAGAGGAACGGCCUGGUGUUCAUCUACGACAUGGCUGGCUCCAACUACACUAACUUUGAGCUUGACCUGAGCAAGAAGAUCCUCAACUUACUGAAGGGGGCGUUCCCUGCCAGGCUGAAGAAGGUGCUGAUUGUUGGGGCUCCUGUUUGGUUCCGGGUCCCCUACAACCUGCUAAGCCUGCUCCUCAAAGAAAAACUCAGAGAGAGGGUCCAGAUGGUGAAGAUGGCAGAGCUGCGUCUGCACCUCCCCAGAGACUGCCUCCCCCAGCACCUCGGUGGCCUGCUGCCUCUGGACUCAUUCAGCUGGAACCAGCAGCUUCUGGCGGGUCAGAACGGCAGAGUGGACCCUGUUGACGAGCUGGUGGGAAUCCCCCUGGAAGACUCAUCCAUCCACGUCCCGGGACCAGAGUCCAUGCGGCCCCAGGAACUGCUGGCUCACCUUGGUAGGCUUCAGCGUUCAGGCAUCCACCUGGAGUACGAGGAGCUGCGUAGAGAGGCGCCGCCUGGUACCUUCCACUACGCUCAAGCAUCUUAUAAUCAGGAAAAAAAUCGCUAUGGAGACGUGCUGUGCCUCGAUCAGACCAGGGUCCGGUUGAAACCCAGGAGGAAUGAGAGGUCUGACUAUAUCAAUGCCAGCUACAUGGACGGCUACAAACAGAGGAAUGCCUACAUUGGUACUCAAGGACCACUCGAAAGGACCUAUGGAGACUUCUGGAGGAUGGUCUGGGAACAAAAUGUUCUAGUUAUUGUUAUGACAACCAGGACAGACGAAGGGAGUCGAAGGAAGUGUGGACAGUAUUGGCCCCUGGGUGAAGGUGGACAAGAGGUCUAUGGACACAUAGCUGUGGUGAACCAGAGAGUGGACCACCACACCCACUACAACCACACCAUCCUAGAGCUGCACAAUACAGAGACAUGUGAGCAGAGGAAUGCGAGUCAUUUCCAGUACCUCAGCUGGCCCGACUACGGGGUCCCCACCUCAGCUGUGACGCUUAUAGACUUCCUGGGUGCAGUGAAGAGGCAGCAAAGAAAGAUGGUGAAGGCUUUAGGCCCUCAGUGGUCUACCCACCCACUGGGACCUCCAAUAGUGGUCCACUGCAGUGCAGGAAUUGGUAGAACAGGAACCUUCUGUGCCCUGGACAUCUGCCUAUCUCAGCUGCAGGACGUCGGCUCUCUUAACGUGUUUCAGACGGUGCGACGCAUGAGAAUGCAGAGGGCCUUCAGCAUUCAGACCCCAGACCAGUACUACUUCUGCUACAAUGCUAUCCUGGAGCACGCUCAGAGACAGGGUCUGCUCCCAUCCAAUCAGUGAGCCACAGACCUUCAACAUUCCACUUCUGCCUUCUGCUAAUGCUGGAGCCAGGGGCUAAACAGGAACACGUCUUCCUCGCUGAGGAGGAGCUUUAAAACAUCGGUUGGCCAAACGAUGCACUCACAAUGAAAGCUUGAACUGACUGUGAUGGACUUGUUCACUGCAGAGGGCGUGAUGUUUUGUUGUUGCUGAACUUAUCUUCAAGAACAUGGAACCGAGACCCAACUGUUCGGGUUCUGUGAUGUUUAGAGGUCUAUCUUGAGGCAUAUUUGGCAUAAUUAACUCCUAUAAACCCUUAAAGGGGUAUUUCAGUCAUUUUUAAGUGUGUCACUGUGUAAACCUUAUAAAUACUCACCAUCGUACCCACUGACGGCACACUGAGCAGCCUCUCUUUGGAGGAUCGAUGAGCUAAUAACUGUUGAGCACAGCCAGGGCCAAAAUAAAUUUCUGACACCUAAAAACAGCUCCAACUAUUAAACUUUUAUUGCACUUAAUACAAA